AUGCACCAUAAUCACCCUAAGCUUCACAAAUUGAGGAAAUGCACCUCAUUGGAAUGGGUCUAUGAUUCCCAUGAAAACUCUGAUGAUAUGAAUGAUAGCCGGAUGGUAAUCCAUGUAGGCGAAGAGUAUGAAUUAUUUGUCUAUGAACUGGCUGUUCCAAUGCAAGAUGGGAGUCUUCCAGUUAUGUCAUAUUGGUAUGGUAAGGAUGUAUGGCUUGAAAUACAAUGGUAUUAUAGGAAGGUGGACCUGGAAGAUGAGGGUGUUGAUCUUGUGAGUUGCAUUGGUGAAUAUGAGCUCGUUCUCAGUGAUCAUAUUUCUGUGAUCGACAUGUCCUGCGUGGAGGAUCAUGCGACCAUCUUACCAUUCAAUGAAGGAGAUCUUGCACAACCUCAGAUACCACUGAGGACACUGGAACACGAUUUCUGUGGAGCAUUACAGGGAUGUGGACAAGGAGAAGAUAUUGAGUUCCUAUUCAAUGCAGUUGAUGGCUGCAUCAAAGCACCCAAAGACCAGAUCAGUACUAUGGCAGCAGUUGAUGCUCCUGAUUCAGCCCAUUCACCCACUCAGAUGACAUUGGUAUCUAAUAACAUGGAUGUGCCACUGGAGGACUUCAUAGCUAAUGGAUUACUUGUAACGGCACGAAGUACUGAUAAGUUUUUGGAGCUAUUUGGGAUGGCAGAGAUGAUGAACAGAUGCCAGGAAUUAUUGGUGGACUGUGGCGCCAUGGCACGAUUCUUCACUACUGCUGGUAAAGCCCUCUAUAUAUCCCAGAAGGGCAGAGACUUUGUGGUUCAAUAUGAUGAGGAAUAUAUCACUGAUGCUGGGGCACUACAAGACAUUACUCCCCAUCUGUGGCAUGCCGCAUUCAAUGCGAGUCUUGUAUGGUGGUGGCCACCAUUGGUGUCCAAUAAAGAUAUUCACAGUCAAGAUGAUCAAGAUGUGGAUGACUCAAGUGAUUGGGUGUCAGUUACCUUAAGCAUGCCUAUGGAUAUGGGGUGGGAGGAUUAUGUUUGUUAA